AAAAUAAUCUUUGAAGAGGUCUUCUUCGGCACGAAGUUGCGAGUGUUCGGAUCGCCUGAGGCUCUGGACAUGUACGCAGCAGGGGUUCCAGAGACAGGUUGGAACCUGUUCAUCAUGAACCACAGGACAAGACUGGACUGGUACUACAUCUGGCUGGCCUUCCUCAAGUCCACGAACGCAUUCAGAAUGGCCCAGAUGUUCAAAAUAGUGCUCAAGUCCUCCCUCAGCAAAAUACCCGGAUACGGCUGGUCCAUGCAGAUGUCUCGCUUCCUGUUCCUGGAGAGAAACUGGGAAAGAGACAAGGAACACCUGGACACUUAUUCUUCUAUGGUCAUAGACCACGGAGCCCCGCACUCCAUUCUCAUAUUCCCGGAGGGCACGGACUAUGAGCCGAACUCGCUGUUGUCCAGCCACUCGUUUGCGAGAAAGAACAACCUGCCUGCCUAUGACUACGUGCUCCACCCCAGAAUCACAGGCACAGUUCAUCUCAUGCAACAACUCAUUGCUGGAAAGUCGCUUGAGCGAGUGGUGAACAUAACAGCUUACUAUCCGGACUUGAUUCCGGAAAAUGAACUCUAUGUUCUGUUGGGAAAAGUGCCCAAAGAGGUGUGGUACUUUGUGGACAUCAUCGAACUGGAGGACAUACCAGGAGUAGGCGACGAUGAUUCAGAGGGAAAAUCGAGUGAACAAAUUGGGGAAUGGCUGAAGAAACUGUGGGAAGAGAAGGAGGAGUUGCUGAAAACUCUCUACGAAGGUCCUUCUGAUGAAAAGUCUAUAAAUGACCACAAACACCAAAACGGAACUUCGGAGGAAACGGCCGACAACGUCGGUGUCGCGGCGAAAAAGAGGACGGACGAGGCAGCUUUGUCGAGUCUGCGGGACAGAUUUGUAGAGCAUAAUCUAGUGUCACAAUUGAGUGGUAUUCACUACGCAUUGUUCAUCUGGUGGUCUAUUUUCUCAGUACUAGCUGUGUAUGUAUUCAGUGUGAGUUUGCCCGCCCAGCUCAUCGCACUUAUUGUAGUUUCUGUUACGGUUUUUGUUAAUAUCAAGUACGGGGACUGGGACUACUUGGAAAUGCAUCUUCACAAGAAACGCAUGAAAGAGCAACAAAAGCCUCUGUGAACUUAGUUUUCCUACUUUGAUGCUUUAAAAACAGGAUCAGUUCUUGACUUCUGCAAGUACCGAGUUUUAUAAUGAAAAUUUUUGUAUGAAUUCCGGACCAGGUUUUGGGUAUAUUUGGUUUGUUAGCGCAAUACGUUGGUUAAGAACUGUUCCUUAAAUUGGAAUUUAUUUUUUCGGGAGUCAACAUUAGAGCCAAAUGCUGGCAAUUGAUAAUAAUUACACUUGCGAUACUAAUGUUACAAUUGUAAAAUGUUGUAUUUAAAAUACUGCCUGAAUUGAUAGAAUAAACUUCACCCGCAGAAUAGUGUUUCUAAGAUGUUGCUGUUAUGAAUGUAUAUAUAUUCGAUUGUACCUUGAUUUGUUGUCCUUUUUUACCUAGCUUCAAUUUCCUCUGAAUGGCUUUAAUCUAAUUAUUAAUUAAAAUGGUGGUUACUG